AGGUCCUCGCUGCAAGGACGCGCGGUAAGACAAGAUAGACGCAAAUGCUGCCAUCCGCUUACCACUGUACACACUUGAGAAGAGAGAACAGCUCCUCCAGCGCACGUCUCGUUUCUUCCAUCUCCUGUGUAUUUGUUUCGCCUGUUAAGGUAUGGAUAGUUGACAGCUCCUCGAACUCACCGUCUCUAUCAGCUGUUUGAGUUUUUGGCGCGCAAUCGGAACCUUCGCUAUUUCGACGGGGGAUUCUUCUGUAGUGCGGAGGUCUUUUUUCACACCUCUGUGGUAUUUUUCUUUUAUUAUUACUAUUAUUGCAUUUUAAAAAUGUGUGAACAUGGGUACGCCAGAAGACUCGAGACGUUUGUCCCCGCGGUUUGUGUAAACGCAUGCGGGGCGCUACUGCCGGGUGACGGGCGGUUUGGUGUUGGCGUCAUGGCUGCUGCUGUUGGCGGCGGCGGCAAGUGGCCGCACUUGCCGUCAAACGUGAUGGAGCACAUUUUCAGUUACCUGGAUCUGACUACGGCUCGCAAUUGCACACUGGUGUGCAAGUACUGGCACGCGCUGCUCAGCGACGAGAACAAUGACGUGUGGAGGCUACACUGCGCGCGCAAGCUGGCCGACGCGGCACUCAAGUCUGACCUGUUGUGGAGCGUACCCAGCAGCAAGGCGAAGUUACGCGCCUUCUACCACGCGUGGGACCCGCGCGAGUGCUCGCGCAAUAUCUACAUCAAGCCGAACGGUUUCACACUGCACCGAAACCCGGUGGCGCAGAGUACGGACGCCGCCAAAGGCAAGCGUGGUUUUGCCGAGGGCCGCCACUGCUGGGAGGUCUGGUGGGAAGGGCCGCUGGGCACUGUCGCUGUAGUUGGCAUCGCGACACGGGAGGCACCCCUCCAGUGUCCCGGCUACGUGGCCUUGCUCGGCUCCAAUGCGCACUCCUGGGGCUGGAACCUGGUUGACAACCACCUGCUGCACAAUGGCGACAGCCAGGGCAACUACCCGUUGCUCAACAAUGCACCCAAGUACCAGGUGGGCGAACGACUGCGAGUGAUCCUAGAUUGCGAAGACAAUACGCUUGCGUUUGAACGCAACUACCAGUUCCUUGGAGUGGCUUUCAGAGGUCUGCCUGACAAGACGCUCUACCCCGCCAUCUCUGCUGUCUACGGUAACACCGAGGUCUCUAUGGUGUAUUUGGGCCAACCGCUGGACGGCUGACGCUGUCCCCCAGGGAUCUGUCGCGAGCUGACAUCUACAAGCAUACCUCACCUGCUGGAGCAAGGGAGAACCGUGAACUCGUGGUGCAGGCUGCGUGUGCUGCACUAUCAGACCGAGAUCAAAGUGCUGCGCUCCCUGAACUAGUGCACAAAGUGCUGCCAAAUUGAAGAAACCUACCACUUAAAGUGAAAAGGUACAGCUGUGGUAUUCAAGUUAGUGUUCAUUGCAAGAAUAAUUUCUGCUUCAUACCCCUGCCUACCAUCCAUUCAGAAUCGCACCAGUGCAUCCUGUGCAUGGGUAGAGUGGUGACCAAUCUGCGGGCAGAGCCUCGUCAACCAGAAGACAGUGUACCUGCCAUUGCGUCAGUGUAGGUUUAAAAAAGGUGGAGCCAUUGACAAAGCCAUUCUACCUGAAGCAUCCUGUGCUUGCUAAGCAGAAUGUGCUAAGCACAUUGUUAGAUUGGGCAACCUAUGGAUCACCAAUACAUGGGCAGGCACGUAUCACUUGGCACAUAGUAAGGUGAUCUUCACCUGCUGUGGUUACUCAGUGGCUAUAGUGUUGCGCUGCUGAGCACUAGGUCAGGAGUUCUAUUCCUCGUCACGGCAGCCACAUUCUGAUGGGGACAAAAUGCAAGAGUGCUCGUGUACUUAUAUAUAGGUGCACAUUAAAGAACCUCGGGUGGUCAAAACUGAUCUGUAGCCCCCCACUGUGGUGUCCCUUUGGGACAUUAAACCUACAUUUGAGUCUUCAAUCUUGUGUGGCUACAGGCACAGUGCACAGAGCUUUGUCUUGCAUUUCUGUAUGCUAUAUGUUCAAAGAACUGUAACCAUGACUAGAGCUAUUGGCGCUUAGUUACAAGACUGCUAACGCAUUUCAGUACUUGUGGCCUGUGUCUUUGUGCAGCACUCCUUUGCUCAAUCGCCCAACUCUGGCUGUAGGCAACUCCUGCAGCAGCAGAGGUGUCUAGUCAUUGCAUUGUAUGGAAAGAGAUUAUUAAACAUGGUUUUCACCAGC